CUGCAAAGCUGCUCAAAAUAGGAUGGAAGCCCUUUAGAACAAUAUUGUGCUCUGUUCAUUUGUUUUUCUACGUUCAUUCAGGAAUUGAAGAAGAGGAGAUCACCGGUCAACCAUUAGAAGUACAUAAAGCGCAGUGUUUCUGAGCGUGCACAAAUGGGUCACCGCUUCUCCAAGCGCAGGAUGGCGGGGUCAGAAGUGUUGCCCGCCGGCCGCUUCUCGGUCAGUGAAGAGGCUCCGCCGCAUUACUCCUCUUACAGCACCGGCGAUGAGACGAGCGUCACGGUGGAGACACCGGCGGCACGAAGGACGUCUGAAGCUCUGAACUCGCGGCAGGACAACCGGAGGCCGUCCAUAUACAGCACCAUGGACGCACUGCCGAACCUGGAGUUUUACGCCAACGCCACCGCCACGGGCCGCAUCCGGCGCAGCAGACCCUCGCUGGAGACGCUGCGCAAGGCCUACGAUGAUGGAGAAUCUCUCAGUAACACGUGCGUCUCUACCACGGGAAGCCUCUCAGCUCUUCAAGAGAGUGGAAACGAUUCUGAGGAAAGCGGAAAAGGGGGAAAGACUUCCCAACCAGUGCGCUUCGGAUGGGUGACUGGGGUUAUGAUUCGGUGUAUGUUGAAUAUCUGGGGGGUCAUUCUGUUCCUGCGCUUGUCCUGGAUCACAUCCCAAGCAGGAAUCCUUCUUACAUGGGUAAUUAUACUGAUGUCGGUCCUUGUGACGUCCAUAACGGCACUGUCUGUAUCUGCCAUCUCCACCAAUGGGAGAGUCUCUUCUGGCGGCGCGUACUUCAUGAUCUCCCGCACACUGGGGCCUGAGUUGGGAGGUCCCAUCGGCGUGGUGUUUUCUUUCGCCAACGCUCUCGCUUGCGCGCUCAACACGGUGGGAUUCGCCGAGACGGUCAGAGAUCUUCUCAUUGAGUUGGACUCCCAGAUUGUGGAUUCAGUCAAUGAUGUCCGCAUUAUAGGAUCCAUCACAGUCACCGUAUUGCUUCUCAUCUCAUUGGCUGGGAUGGAGUGGGAGGCAAAGACUCAGAUCCUGUUCUUCUUGGUUCUUAUGGUGGCCUUCACCAACUACUUUGUUGGCACCGUGAUUCCUGCGACUCCCCAGAAACAGUCGAUGGGUUUCUUCAGUUACCGCAGCGAGAUCUUCCUGGAGAACCUGUUCCCGGACUGGAGAGGGCCGGACGGCGACUUCUUCCGGAUGUUUGCCAUCUUCUUCCCAUCCGCCAUCGGGAUCCUGGCCGGAGCAAACAUCUCAGGCGAUCUGAAGGAGCCUGAGAUCGCCAUCCCACGAGGGACAUUGAUGGCCAUAUUCUGCACCACCAUUAGUUAUCUGGCCAUAUCUUCAACUGUGGGAGCGUGUGUUCUGCGCGACGCCUCAGGGAACCUGAACGACAGUCUUCCGCUGAACUUCAGCGAGGCGUGUGACGACCUGAGCUGCGGUCUGGGCUGGAACUUCACCGAGUGCCGGCAGAGCGGCUCCUGUGCCUUCGGCCUGUCCAACAACUUCCAGGUUCUGAUCCAGGUGUCGGGCUUCGGGCCGCUGAUUUACGCUGGCAUAUUCGCAGCCACCCUGUCGUCCGCCCUCGCGUUCCUCGUCUCCGCACCCAAAGUCUUCCAGUGUCUCUGUAAGGACAAUAUCUACCCGUACAUCGGUUUCUUUGGAAAGGGUUAUGGGAAAAACAGCGAGCCACUGCGAGCGUAUCUGCUGUGUUACAUCAUCGCCAUGUGCUUCAUUCUGAUUGCUGAGCUGAACGUAAUCGCUCCUCUGAUCUCCAACUUCUUCCUCUGCUCUUACGCGCUGAUCAACUUCAGCUGUUUUCACGCUUCCAUCACCAAUUCACCCGGGUGGAGGCCAUCGUUUCGGUAUUACAGCCCCUGGACGGGUUUGUUCGGGGCCGUUAUUUCUGUCGUGCUGAUGUUCUUGCUAACCUGGUGGGCCGCGCUCAUCUCUUUAGCUUUAAUCAUCUUCUUAUUCGGCUAUGUGGCCUACAAUAAACCAGAGGUGAACUGGGGUUCGUCUGUCCAGGCCAGUACCUACAACAUGGCUCUGUCCUACUCCGUGUCUCUGGCAGGAGUCGAAGACCACGUCAAGAACUACAGGCCUCAGUGUCUGGUUCUGACGGGUCCUCCGAACCUGCGUCCAGCGCUGGUGGACUUUGUUGGCUCUUUCACCAAAAAUGUCAGUUUGAUGAUAUGUGGAGACAUUCUCAUGGAGGAUGAGAAGUCGAUUGUGUCCCAGCGCAACACCAGUGACAUGAUAAAGUGGCUGAAUCAGAGGAAGGUUCGCUCCUUCUACUCGGCCUUCAGGGCGUCCAAUCUGAGAGACGGAGCCCGGCAUCUUCUACAGGCCUCUGGUUUGGGAAAGCUGAAGCCGAAUAUACUGGUGCUGGGAUUCAAAAUGAACUGGCAGGAGAGCAGCAGUCAAGCCAUAGAGGACUACAUCAACACCAUCUACGAUUCUUUCGACUCCAACCACGGAGUGUGUGUCCUGCGCAUGAUGGACGGACUGGACAUCCGAGACGAGUUACAGGCUGAGGUCAAUCAGGGCUUUGAGAUGGACGAGGCCGUCGAGUCCGAUCAGCAGAUUUCAGACGCAGAUUCAGACGUCGACAACACAAAGAGCGCGGCGAACGAUCAGAUCAAAACUGUGUUCCAGAAUAAACAAGGGAAGAAGAGCAUUGACGUGUACUGGAUCUCUGACGACGGAGGUUUGACUUUGUUAGUGCCGUACCUGUUGACCAGAAGGAAGCGCUGGAGACGAUGCAAAGUCCGAGUGUUCAUCGUCGGAGAACAGCAAACCAUGGAGAACGAGCGCAAAGAAAUGUUGACCUUGCUCCAGCGUUUCCGACUGGACGUUCAUGACGUCAUCGUGAUGACGGACAGCGAACGGCCACCGCUUGCCAAAAACACAAGGCGCUUUGAGGAAACGCUCGCCCCCUUCAGGCUGAACGAGGCACAGCUGGACGAGAGGACGGCGCAACAGCAGAGGACCGAGUGUCCAUGGAAAGUCACGGACAAAGAGAUGGACGCGCUGAGACUCAAGUCGGAGAAAAAAGUGCAUCUGAACGAGAUCAUACGGAGGAAUUCGAAGCACGCCGCGCUGGUCCUAGUGUCUCUCCCCGUACCGCAGGCUGACUGUCCCAGAUCUCUGUACAUGGCCUGGCUGGACACGCUCAGCUGCGGUCUACACUGUCCCGUCCUGCUCAUUCGAGGAAACCAGCAGAACGUCAUGACCUUCUACUGCCAGUGAAACUCGCUUAUCCGGCUCUUUAAGGCAAACACACUACAGGCUAAACGCACUUCUUUCAUGCACUGCUCAGUUUUGAGAUUUUUUGGCAAGUUUGCUUUUUACAAAAUUAUUUAUGUAUUAUUUAAGACCCUCC